UAGUCGACACAGACAACACAGACCUCAAACAAUUCAAAAUGUUCAAAUUGGUGGUGUUGUCCGCUCUUCUGGCCGUCGUUGCCGCAGCUCCAGGUCUCUACACCGCACCUCUGGCUUACAGCGCUGCUGUCGUUGGAAGCGUACCAACUUCCGUCAGUCAUCAAAGCAGCAGCGUAGUCCACAGCGCCGCUUUGACCGCUCCAGUUGUACACACCGCUCCAGUCGUAUCGGCUUACUCUGCUCCAGUCAUCUCUGCUUACUCCGCUCCAGUAGUUUCCGCUUACUCUGCUCCAGUUGUAGCUGCCCAUGCUGCUCCAAUCGUAGCAGCCCCAGCUGUUGGUAUCCAUGGUUACCACGGUCUCCACGGAACUGUUGUCUACUAA